AUGACUUCUGUUGGUGAACUCAUCAUGAAAUGCAUGACACCAAAACCUAAUCAUUCAACUGAAAAAAAGGUCAAAAAAUAUGAAAUUUGUCCUGGUUAUUUUGAAGAUAAAAUUGCAAUUUUAUUUAAGGACUAUUAUAAUUUAACGACUACACAAGAGCCCAAUACUGAGAUUCUACAUCGACUCGAUAGUAGAAUGAUAGGUGUAUUGGGAGAAGCGGAUUUGGCCAAAUGUCAAGAGUUGCUUCCAAGAGAUCAGAGUUUUGUAACGGGAUUCCCGUUGCUGCUGCUGCAGAAUAACAGCACUAUCAGUCAUGCCAAGAGUGGUGUGGCGGCGACAACCACUACAACAACCUCAUCGACAUCGUCGUCAUCGUCGACCUCUACAACACCAACCUACACAACACCAAUACCACCGACAACAUCAUGGACACUCAUGACAUUCUCACCCAACGACACACCCGAUAUCCAAAAAGAGCGAGUUCUCAAGAUCGUAGCAACAGUAAACUCUAUGGUUAGAGAUUCACUGAUACAACAGAAACUAGAGGCUCAUCUCAACACCUCUGAGAAAAUAACAAUACCAAAUGUAUAUUAUAAAACUGGUGAUUUAUUAAUUGAAGGUGAAAUAUAUUUAACAUUACAAAGACUAUCGUUUAUUCAAAAGUGUGUAAAAGAUUUAAAUCUGAAAAUUUUAAAAAAGAACAAAGAUAACUACAGUUUUUCGAUCGACACCAUUUCCAUUUAUGAGUGUAAGCAAUCCGAAUUGAAAUGUGUAAAACACCAUCAAUCGGUUAUACUUUCAUCUCAAGGCAAAACACCUGAUAUCAAAUCUUCUUAUUUAUUUUGUUUCCUUAAAUCAGAGAUUGCAGAGAUUACAAAUAAUAUUAUUAGAGUUAUAACAGAAAGUCAAGAUAUAGUAGAUCAAGUUGUGAUGGAAUCACAACAUCAUGGUAGUAGUAAUGGUGUGAUCAAUUUCAAUGGUAAUAGUGGUAGUGUGGGAACUGGUGGUGGUAAUAACGAUCAGAACAAGUCAAAGCUAUCGACUUCGAAUUUGAGUGACAGUGAAUUCUUGUUGGUCGAUGAAAUCGAGAAUUUCAACGAGGUCGGUAGUUCUAAUGAACAAGACACCUACAUCGAAGAAGAAGAAGACAUUCACCUGACAGCAAACAGCUAUCAAACUAAACUAGAUGACCAACCAACACAUCAUCCCACUAAAAUCAACUUUAAAGUAAAUUCCGAUAUAUUAACAAACGAUGAUAUGUUAUGGGUAUGUAAUAAUGUUAUAUAA